ACUUAAAACUUUCAUAAAAGGUUUUUGUCCAGUAUGAACCCACCCUAUGAACCCACAGUGACUUUCCAUCGAGGAGUUUAUAGACCCUGCCUGCCGCUUACUAGCAACUCUUGCGCCACUUUGGUCGAUCGUUUCCUUUACGAUUAAAAUGUCGAAUCGAUCCAGUCAGGGUAGACACCAUGACAACAACAAUAACCAUAACAAGGGUUUCUCCAAAACCCAUAGUCAGAAGAAAUUCGCCCCCAAAACUCAAAAUCCCAAUCCUAACCCCACUCCAACCCUCUCAACCUCCCUCAGACAAACACAAUCAUCUGUCUCUUCCACCAGUAGCAGAGGCCAGAAUGGGAAUUUCGUUAAAUACUUGCCACAAGACGAGGCCGUGGCAGCGGGUCUCGGCGCCGAAGAUGGAGCAUUGGAUCCCCUCGAAUCUCAGAGAGUCGUUGAUCUUUUGAACACACACUUGUCACUCUUGCUCAAGUUCAAACCCAAGGAAUUCUGGACACAAGUGGCUACUGACACCUCCCUGCAUGAGUUUUUGGACAGCUUCUUGCAGUUCAGGAGCAGGUGGUACGAUUUCCCUCAUCGCGGGGUGAGAGGGAUUGUUGCCGGUGUUAUUGUUGGAGAGCUCGAGUUGAGUCGCCGCGUUUUCAUGGUAUUGUAUCGAAUUUCUUCAAAUAAAGACCCCGGUGCUCGACCAGCUGAUGCCCUCAGUUUGAGAGACCAUGAAGUUCUUUUGCAGGAGAAGAAGUUGCUUGAGUUGCCGAAGUUGUUGGAUAUAUGUGCCAUAUACUAUCAUGAAAAUGAAGAACUGACAAGAUCACUGGUUAGAAAUUCUUUGAAUGCUCAGCCUUGGAUCCAUAAUAAUCUGACUGCAGUAAUAUCGCAUUUUCUAGGAAUUGUCAGCAAAAUGCAUGAACGUUGUAGUUCGUCAUUGGAGGUCUUAUUUUCUUCUGGAAAUCUCGAUCACCAUAAUGCUGCUUUUCUUCAAGCUGAUCUGCUGGAGGUAAUGGACUUUAUAAAUGAUGCAAUUGUAUCAAUGGACUCUUUUGUUAGUGCAUACGAACCAGCAGCUGUUUUCUUCUCUUGCCCAGUUGAAAUGAGUUAUGGGAAUGAGGAACUGCUGAGCCUCCUUGCCCGAUUGCAUGAUUCACUUAUUCCAUCAUUGCAAAAGGGAUUCCGUAUGAUUUUUGCUGACAAACAAGAUGGCACAGUAUCUAAUAUCUUAGUAAGUUUGAAGAUGUUAAAAAUUAGAUUGGUAAAGUUUGGUUGGCAACUAUUGCACUUGUGCUAUCUAAGUGAUGAAGUGUUCAGAGAUAGCAUCCCUCUUCUAGCUGCCACAAAGAUGUUUCCUGCCAAUGUAGAGGACCCAGUCAUCAGAGCUGAUAUUCUGGUUCAAACAUUUAGAGAGAUCAAUUCAGUAUCAGUACAUUCUCAGGAAAGCCAUCAGAAGGAAACAUUUCUUCAAGAUGUUGAAAGAAAUUUCAAUAUACUAAGCAGGAUUGAGAGAUUAAAGGAUAGCGGAUGGAUAUUCAUUGAUGAUGAACAGUUUCAAUAUAUAUCUGGGAUGUUGAGUUCUGUUUAUAAGGAGCUGUAUUCUGCCACAACCCCUGCGCCAAACCAAACAUUGCUGAUGGAUGAAAAUGCUGCAAUUACAGAGUCAAACAUCAGUCAGAUUAGGGACCUGUUCCCUGAUUAUGGUAAAGAUUUUUUAGCUGCGUGUCUUGAGGUCUAUGACCAGAAGCCAGAAGAGGUUAUUCAAAGAAUUUUAGAGGGAACCCUUCAUGAAGAUCUGCAGAAGCUGGACACCUCGCUAGAGACAUUGCCUCCAGCCAAGGCUACCACUGUGGGUGGUAAUGAUAAAGGAAAAGGUAAAUUAAUUGAUUCUACGUCAGCAUCCUCAAAUCCAGUUGUUAGGGGGAAACAACAGGCAGAGGGGACAGUGAUGUCAUCCUCUGCUUCACUAGGAAAAUUUGUGAGGAAAUCUAGAGCUAACUUGCCUGAUCGCAGUAUUCUGGAUAAAAAGGAUGAAAAAGAUACAUCAAAAACUGCUGCUAUGAUUUUACAAUAUGAAUAUGAAGAUGAGUAUGACGACUCUUUUGAUGACUUGGGUCUAAGUGUAGCAGACUCUGGAGUAGAAGAAAAUGAGACAUUGAGCGACCAAAUAAACGCAAAGUCAGGGAAUUCGUGGGCAACAGGGGGUAACUCUGUCAAAAAUGCCCCUGAUUCAAAAUGGGGCUCCAGGAAAAGACCGCAGUACUUUGUAAAGGAUGGUAAGAAUUACAGCUACAAAGUGGCUGGUGCAGUAGCAGUGGCAAAUUCUGAUGAAGCUUCGCUAGUAACGCAAGCUCAGAAAGAAUUGAUACAUGGCCUUGGAUGUGGAGGCAACCUUCCUCUUGGCGCGGUAAAGAAAGUGAUGGAUUCCUACAAGGAGGAUGAUAACCAAUCCCAGUCUUCUGAAAUGGAAGGGAGAGGGAUUUCGGGCAAUUCGUUUGGUAGGGGAAGGAAGGAAAGUGGAAAACAAAUUGCAUCUCAUCAGCAGCAGGAGAAACAAUCUGAUGAUUCCGAGGUGGAUGGCAAUAAUCAAAGGGGGAGAGGGAGAGGAAGUGGCAGGGGAAGGGGGGGAGGAGGAGGAAGAAACAAUCAUUACCAGAAGGACCGAGCCAUGAAGAAGCAUUUCUCUGGAAUGAGUGGUUAUUAAGCGCACAAGAGAAUAUUUCUUACAUGCUAAGAUACCAUACUUCAUCUUCUCGGUAACUAUUUGGCUUUUGCCCAAAACCUUAUAUUUUUGCAAGGUUAAGGUUCAAUGAGGUGCAUAGAUAUAGUGCUACAUAGCUCAUACAUAGUGGCAUUAUCGAAAGCACAAUCAGUUCUUGAUACCAACAUCCUCUACAACAGCAAGAAUAGUAUAAUGUCUGUAAAGGUUGAUUUAAACUCCAUCCCGGGAUCACAUUUUGUUUAGAAGGAUUUGGGUGUAUUUUAGCCUACAUUUCCUUUCAAGUAGGGCAUAUGAAUAACUUAUACAGGUACAUAUAGCUUUCAAAUACAAUAAAUGGGUAAUGGUGUUCAUCUGGCAGUACACAAAUUAAUUUCAGUUCAAAUCUCAACAUGAAAACAAUAUAU